AUGGAGACAUUCGUCGGCGACAAGGGGUAUCUUUUACACGAGCCACCUUUUCAACAUGUACCAUCAGAAAAGGACCUGGAGUCGCGAGGCCUGAGCGUCGGUCAUAGAGUGGGACUCAUCAGGGGUUCCGGCCAGGUGGUUGCAAAAUAUGGACUAGCCUGCUGGGCCGCUUUGAUAACUCUUGCGUUGCUCCUCUUUGCAUUCUUGUGUCGACCACUGAUCCUAAGCUCCGGCAGCACUGACUUGGAUCAUUACUAUCCUUCGUUGGACUUGCUGGCGCUCGUACCAGCUUGGGAAUGGACCGCCUACAGCGACGACGGUUGCAACAACGAAAUCGCAGAUCGAAAUGAUACUGGACCACUGCCCUGCACAAAUUUCACCUCAGACGCCGCUGAAGUAGAUCGCCUCACUAUUGAUAUGGGGAAACACUGGGCCAUCUGUCUGUACACCGGUGUUAACUGUGACACCUAUAAGGGCCGUUACGAUUUCUCAAAACUCUCCUGCCAAAAAGGACGCGACUCCACAGCCUAUCAGAUUAUCGAACUCAGCGAGACUGCGGUUUGCCCGGGUGAAAUCCCAGUCGAGGCCUGCGAUCCUGACGCUUGUGCCCAGCAAGGCCGGGGUUGCGUUUGUGAUCCACUGGGAGACCAGUGCGUAUGUUAA